AUGCAUCAAAAUGUACAACACGAUAAUGAGGUGGCUGGGACAAAUAUAAUAUAUCUUGCAGCCUCAUAUACCCACACCACCAGUUGUCCCGCGGAUACUGCCUUGGGAAAGUCUAUUGCUGUCGACUUCACUUCUGGAUCAGUAGAUGCCUUCACUGGCUCCGGUGAUAUCACAUAUGGCUCCAAUGGCGCGUCCUUCACAGUAUCCAAAUCAGGCGAUGCACCGACCCUUUCCAGUAUCUUCUACAUCAUGUUUGGAAAGGUGCAGAUCACAAUGAAGGCAGCUCCUGGUGCCGGUAUUGUUAGCACAUUGGUACUGCAAUCAGACGACUUGGAUGAAAUUGAUAUGGAAUGGCUUGGAGCGGAUGAUACCGAAGUACAGACGAAUUAUUUCGGCAAAGGCAAGGUCACAGAUUACAAUCGUGGAGCUUUCAAUCCCGCUCCAAAUAACCAAGGUGAAUUCGUCACUUAUACUAUCGAAUGGACUUCAGAACAGCUCGUUUGGUCGGUAGGUUCUACCGUCGUCAGAGUUCUUACACCAGCCACAGCCGACGCCGAUCAGUACCCGCAAUCACCAAUGCAAAUCAAGUUCGGUGCAUGGUCUGGAGGAGAUUCAUCGAAUGCCCCGGGUACAAUUUCAUGGGCGCGUGGUCCAACCGAUUACUCUGAUGGACCUUUUACUAUGGUUGUCCAGUCGAUUGACGUCAGUGAUUAUUCCACCGGUACACAAUAUAGAUACGGAGACGAAUCUGGAAGCUGGACAUCAAUUGAAGCUGUAGGCGGAUCAGUAAAUGGAAAUGUGCCAGCCUCAGCUUCAGUUGUACAAACUGCUGGUGCUGCAGCUGUCACAUCCAGCUCCCCAACUAUUCCAGCCGGUAUUAAUAAUGGUAACUCGGCCACCCGAACUGGGUGGCCUUGGGUUGCCGGGACGCGAACCGUAUCAGAAGUGACGUGGAGUACUGGGCCAAGCAUUCCCUCAGGUUGGGAAAUAUCCUCUACUGGGAAAAUUGUCCCUGUGAGUGCUUCACCUAUAAACAUCCGCAGGAUCAACCCCCUCCUAUUAUGCGGGCCCUUCGCCUUCUUCUUUUUCGCUGCAAUCAGGAGAUGGCCUUGA